UAGCCAAAUCUUGAAGCAAUAUUGCACAUGGUGUGACCACAAUAAAUUUCGGGGAACAAUCCAUGAAUCCAAGACCCAAACUCCGAUCACCGCCACCGUCCUCCGUCAUCAUUACUCCGGCGUCGCCACCCAAAUCCCUAAUCAACAAAAUGCGCAGAAAAUUUACCAGAUCAACUCUUACACUUGCCACUACUUUGUUCUCAAUCUUAGCUUUAUAUGCUUUCUUCAACACAUUCAUCUUCUCAGACCCACCAAACAAUGUCGGCAGUGUUAGUUUCAGCAGGAAUUACAAUACCCAGAAUUCGAAAUCUGUGAAAGUUUACAUGUAUGAUCUGCCUAGGAAGUUUACGUAUGGGGUUAUUGAGAGCUAUGCGUUGGCAAGAGGUGGAGAGAAGCAGAGUGAUGAUUCGUUGCUUAAGUAUCCUGGGAAUCAGCAUUCUGCUGAGUGGUAUUUGUUUUCUGACCUGAAUCGGCCGAGUUUAGAACGGGUCGGGUCGGCUGUAACUCGGGUUAUGGACCCGGAGGAAGCUGAUCUUUUCUAUGUGCCUUUCUUCUCGUCGUUGAGCCUUGUGGCAAAUCCGAUUAGAUCAAAUAAUGCUGUUGUUGCACCUGUGAAGAGGCCGGCUUAUAGCGAUGAGGAAACGCAGGAGUCUUUAAUUGAAUGGUUGGAGAAGCAGGAGUACUGGAAAAGGAACAAUGGCUGGGAUCACGUGUUUAUAUGCCAGGAUCCUAAUGCUUUAUACAAGGUUGUUGAUAAGGUGAAGAAUGCAGUGCUGUUAGUUUCUGAUUUUGGAAGGCUGGCUCGUAAUCAGGCAUCUCUUGUUAAGGAUGUCAUCUUGCCCUACUCACAUCGGAUUAACACAUACACUGGGGAUAUUGGCGUUGAAAAUCGGAAUUCUUUGCUCUUCUUCAUGGGCAAUCGAUACAGAAAGGAGGGAGGAAAGAUUCGUGAUUUGCUUUUUCAAUUGCUUGAGAAAGAAGAGGAUGUCAUCAUAAAACAUGGUGCACAAUCUAGGGAGAGCCGUCGUGAGGCAAGAAAAGGGAUGCACACUUCAAAAUUUUGUCUGCAUCCAGCUGGUGAUACUCCAUCAGCUUGCCGCCUUUUUGAUGCUAUUGUGAGCUUGUGUGUCCCUGUAAUCAUCAGUGAUCACAUUGAAUUGCCAUUUGAGGAUGUUGUGGACUACAGGAAAAUUGCAAUUUUUGUAGACUCUAACACAGCUGUGAAGCCGGGGUUCUUGGUUAAAAAGCUCAGGAAAGUAAGCAUGGAGAGGGUUUUGGAAUACCAACGGGAGCUGAAAAAGGUGAAGCAUUACUAUGAAUAUGAGGACCCAAAUGGAACAGUAAAAGAAAUUUGGCGACAGGUUUCUUUGAAGCUGCCACUUGUUAGGUUAAUGAUCAAUCGUGAUAAACGUCUUGUGAAAAGAGAGUUACCUGAACCAGAUUGCUCUUGCCUCUGUUCAAACCAGACAGGAAUCUUGACGACAUUAUGAUCCAGACUAGUGACAUUUUCUCAGUCACCAUCCACUUUAAGCAUUUGUGGAUCACCCUUAAGAGUACACCUGACUUUCGGGUAAGAAGAUGGUAGAUCGAGAUUCUUGUACUAUUGUAACUUAUAUCUGGGAUGGUAUGGUUGCUAUCUUCCUUCUUUGAUUAACAUCCCUGCUAACAUGUAGAAAAUACAGUUUACGCUAAAAUAAGGAUCGGUCUAGUACAUUUUGAUAUAUACAUAGUUUUAUUUAUUCAUUUCACACUUCCUGGAUGCAUGCAUUUUGAGAAUUGCAGUGACUAGAAGCAAUUCUUUUAUGUGUAUUUAUAAUGUUGUACAUCAUGAUAUAUGAAAUCACAGCUAAUAUGUAGGCUUUUGUCUCAAAA